CCCGCGAGUUAUUGAUCACUGCACUUUGACUGCGAGAUGGCGCUUGAGUCGGGUCCGACGAAUACUCUACACUUUCCGAUAAACAUUUUCUGAUUUUAUCUUCGCAAUCAUCUAUAGUACGAUCGUAAACAUUGUUCUUUUAUGGUAUUUAACAAAUUUUAUAAAUCAGGAUGUCAUCCCAAACAGCAUACGUAUCUGACACACUUAGGAUUUUACAUAUACCACCAGAAGUUUCUAAUGAACGGCGUAACGAAUUGUUUAAGAAAUAUGGUGCCAUCAAAACAAGGACUCUGAGACCCUCCAAAAAGUACACAAUAACGUUUGCACAGUUCCAGUCCCAGGAAGUAGCCACAGAAGCAUUGUUACGCUUGCAUCAGAUAAACAUCAAAGGCCAGUUCCUGACCGUUGAAUUUGCCAAAAAGUCUAUAUCGACGGAUAGUGGAGAGAAUGAUGCUGAUGAUGAUAAACCUAUGAAAGAAGAGAGUAAAAAGGAAUCUGUUAAUAGAUCUAAUUUUCAAACGUUUCUACAAAAAUUAAAUAGCUGGACAGUGAACCAAGUUUUCACACAGCCACCGCCACCAGAUAUAAGAUACAAGUAUUCAGCACCGACGAAGGGUACUUUAAUAAGGAUAGCUAUACAAUUGUUAAAAGAACCCGCUUUCUAUACACAGGUUUUACACUUGAUGAACAGAAUGAACUUGCCGCCUCCUUUCGAAGAGUUGGAAGGAGAAUUUCCUGCCCUUAAGGAAGUCUAUGAUAUAGAAAAAUAUAAAGAUAUAUUUAUAAAAGAGAGAUUAUAUGAAAAAAGAAAUCAAGAUGGUAAUGAAGAAUCAGAAGAAGAAGAAUCAGAAAUAGAAUCAGACGAAGAUGACAGUACAAAACCUAUCGAAAUUAUCCCUGCGAAAAGAAAACGACCGCAAUCUACGAAACGUUUAAAAAUUCCGAAGUUUGUUAAUCCUACCAAGCAAGUCACAUCUUCAAGUUCUACACAAAAGGUCGUGAAGCCGGAAGAUAUGUUUGAACCGGUACAACGUGGUGAAACGAAAAACCUUAAAAUUGAACUGAAAGCAGUGGACAAAUUAUUAGGUACCUCAAAUAAAAUAGAAGAUACUAGUUCGGAAAAGGCUGCAGAUGGUGGCUUUGGAUUAAUGUUCCCAGCUUCAAAAUCUACUGAUGCUGUUGAGAACGAUGAAAAGACUGAGGAUAUUCAACAAGAAGUAAUCACAUCUAAACAAUUAGCAGACAAUAGAAUUUCAGCUAAUGAUCAGAGAUUGCUUCCUGUUUUUAAAAAGUAUCAUCCUGGUAAACCGUCCAAUCGGUUGUAUAUAAAAAAUCUUGCAAAGCAAGUUGAAGAUACAGAUCUUCAUUUUAUUUAUCGAAAAUACAUAGUACCUGAAUUAAAAACGGAAUUUGAUUAUGAUGUGCGACUUAUGCAAGAAGGAAGAAUGAAAGGUCAAGCAUUCAUUACAUUGCAAAAUGUAGAACAGGCACAAUUGGCGCUCGAGGAGACGAAUGGUUUUAUUCUGAAAGACAAGCCUAUGGUCGUACAAUUCGCUAAAGCAGCGAAGAAUUAGUACAACUGUUACUUUUUUAUAUUACCAUUGUAUUAUUCGUAAUCAAUGAAGAUUUUAAUUAAAAAACGACUUCUUAUGUUUUCCGA